GGGUAAAAUCCUUCGAAUGAGCCUUUUGCGUGAUGGUGGGUGACUUUGAUUCCUUGCUUAGUCUCCCUUAUAAAGAAAACGCAGGUGGGGCGUUGAGUCUGAGUUUGUUGAAAUCUCCCUCUCUCACCCUCUCUCUCAGUCUCUCUCUCAACAAAAUGAGUUCCCACGGAAAUGACCCAAUAUCUUCUUUCCUCAACUUGCCUCAAGCACUUAGCAGCUUUCAAAACCACUGCUCUACCCUUCUUCACAACCUUUCCAACCCUCUUCCCCUUAAAACCCAACUUCAAUCUACCUUCUCCACCCUUCUAAACCCUAAACCCAACCCUCCACUUCACUCCACAAUUUCACCCUCUGAUUCCGUUCCUAAUAAAAACCCCCUUUGGGCUCGCCUUCCUGAAACUGCCAAAACCCAAUUCUCCCGACCUUCUUCCCCUUCUCCUCUCUCCUUGUCAACGGAAGCCAUUGAAGAGCGCUUAGCUGGUAUUCCUGUUUAUGCUCUUAGCAAUGCUUCUGAGGAAUUCGUCUUGGUUUCUGGUGCUUCCACUCAAAAAUCUCUCGGCUUCUUUUGCUUUAAGAAGGACGACGCAGAAACACUUCUUCAACAUAUUGGAACCAUGGAUCCUUCAGCGCACUACGGCUCCAAAGUGGUGCCUGUUGCUUUGAAUAAAGUUUUUCAGCUUCAUGUCAAUGGGGUGGCCUUCAGGUUAAUUCCAGAAUGCUCUCAGGUGAAAAAUGCUCUCACUGAAAGAAAGAAGGCUGGCAUUUCUGCUGAUGAAUUUUCUGGGGUUCCUGUUUUCCAGUCGAAGAGUUUGGUACUGAGGAGCCAGAACAAGAGCUACCGUCCUGCCUUUUUUAGAAAGGAGGAUUUGGAGAAUUCUCUACAAUCAGCAUGUCGUGAACAAAAUCAAAUUAAUCCUGCCUUACGACCGGGGGAUAUACAGGUUGCUGUUUUUGAAGAAAUUAUAAAGGGAAUGAAGGAUAAUUCCAUUUCAACAUGGGAUGAUAUAGUCUUCAUUCCUCCCGGAUUUGAUGUUUCAACUGACCCCAAAAAACAGCAAUAGGCAUUGAGAAUAGGACUUGAGAUAGUAGCAGUCAAAUUUGUCUUAUCAUACAAAAAGCUCAUAGAGAAACAGGGUAUUUAGAUCAAUUCAGGUUCGAAUGGUUGGAAGGAGAAGAUCUUUAAUCAUAUUUGUGUUAGAGGAGUAAUCCUACCGAACUCCAGACCUGAUUUGUUGGGAUGCCUUUGGGGUUUUGUAGUGUGCGUCUGUAUGUUCUAAUCACAACAAAUGUUAUAGAAUCGUGCGUCUUUUCUUUGUUGCUUGUAGUGUAUGGAAUGUCUAGAUGAGUAAAAAAUAUUUAUCCUUUGAGCUUUUUAUAUUAUGAACCCAAAAUAGAUGACUAAACCCAAAAUUCUUGAAUCACUUUUCUUUAUUGUAAAGAAAUAGUGAGAAUGUUUUUCUUUA